AGAUGUGGAAAUUAAACGUUGCGAUUUUAUUUGUACUCCUGUGUGGGAUUCAUUGUGAAAAUCAAUUUACAAAGUUCUUCAAAGAAUUUGAAUAUAAAUUAGAAAGCAAUCCAUGGAUUGGUGAAAAAACGAACGUCACAAUAUUGAUCGGUAUAACUGGUCAUGGAAAGAGUACGGUGGCUCGAAUUUUGAUCAACGACACGCAAUUGAAUUCAUCGGAAUAUGUGUCCGGUGGGCAAGAAUACGCAAUAAAAGAUGCCUCUAAUAAAAUUUCAGAUGUCAGUGAAACCACUGAGUCGCAUACCACUAUUCCGGAAUUUUUGUACGAUCCCGAAAAUAAUUUGUCCUUUUAUGACUGUCCGGGAUUCGAUGACACAAGACAGGUUGAGUAUGACCUAGCUAUUUCGUACGCGAUAAAUCGGAUUAUGCGAGCUGUAAAUUUUGUGAAAUUUGCUUUUGUCAUUGAACAAGAGUCAGUAAAGCCCACUGGCGAUCGAAAGAAAUUUCCAAAUUUUUUAGAAUAUGUUGUAAGUCUGUUGCCCAAUUUGGACAGAUUCGAAAACAGCUUUAUGCUGAUUGCCAACAAAGUUCAAAGCACUACAGACGACGAUAAAGAAAUUGAAAAAGUCUUGAAGUUUCUGAGGGACGCUUUGCCUCGCUUGCCGAAGUACAAGAACUACGAUAGUAGAAUGACAAGUAUUGUGAAUGCACUUUUAAAGCACAAUAAUAUUGCGAUAGUGCGAAGACCGAGCCAAGCUGGACCGACAAUGCACGACGAAAACAUCUCAAACGAAAGAAAUUUUAUCGCAAAUGUGAUUAAGGAAAAACUGGAAUUUAUUCCAGCAAAAGAUCUAAAGAUAGGCAUGAGUUUAUCUGCAGAAGCAAAAGUGGCUAUAAAUGAAGCCCUCGAAACGAUCAAGAGCCAAUUAUUCGCUAAUGUCAAAGAAAUUGGUUCUAAUUUGGAAACUUAUUACUUCGAUUUCGAAAACCGAACCAUCGAUAUUUUGACACAAAAAAAAUAUUACCACGACGAAUUAUACAGUUUGGGCCAGAAUCGACAUACACAUCCGGAAAAGUUUUUAUCUCAUAUUUUGCAACUGUUGCCACAGAAAAAUCUCUCGGACAGUGCGAUCGUACGAAAUUUUAAAGAAAACGUCGGAGAUUUUAUGUAUCUUUUGAAUUUGGCGAAUAAAACAACAGAAGAAGUUCCCGUUCAUUUGUCGAGUAUGCUUGAUACGUGUCGAACAAACGUCGAUCGUUUAUACAGUUGGUAUUAUUAUUUGAACGAGUUGCGUAAGUCGCUGUACGAAUACAAAGCAAUCGAUUCAAGUAAAGCUUUUAUCAAUAUCAAAGAACAAUUUUCGAAAACUUGUGAAGUGAACAGCACGGACUUGCUCCGGUUAUUCGGGCAUUUCAUCGGGGAGGAAACUGCAGCCAAAAUUUCAAAUUUCACACUAACUUUGGUAGGUCGUAAUAAUUUACUAUCGAUACUACAGACAUUGUUUGACGACAAACACGAAUUCAAAUAUUUGCCGUCCAAUGUCGUAAAAAUAACGGGAAAUUUUAUUCGAUUAAGCGACGUGCUGCGUCAAUGCAAUUCAGAUGUUAAAUUUGUAGAAAUAAAUGCUAAUUCCAAGAUUUUCUUGGAUGCAAAUUUAAACCGUGAUGUGAACAUAAAACUCGUCGCACCGUAUUUCGAAAUAAUUGGUAAAUGGAAAUGGUCCAGUGGCGAUUUGAAUAUGACGCACACUGGAGAUCGAUUCGAAGGUAUAUUCCGUUUGACAGAAAAUGGUAAAAACACUUUAAAUAUAGUUGGCGGUGGUGAUAAGAAUUUCGUACGAGGUGCUAGAGAGAAUUCGAACGAUAUGCGUGAAAUUGAUGUGUCGACAAGCGAUUUGGAUGCAAUCGUAAAACAAUCGCGACAAAUAAUGAACGAAACAAUUGAUCGAGCAUUGCGUGUAUUUAGAACAAAUGUUGAGAAUAUCGAAAGAGCCAUCGAAAGUGUUAACGAUUUAAAAUUCUUCGAAUCGAUAUUGCAAAUGUUACUGAGAGACAACCGACAUGCAUUUGCCACGUACACCGAAGUGAUUUUAUAUCUGCGAGAAUUGUUUACUAAAAGUCAGAUGGCAUUUUCGUUUGACGAGACUAAUAUAGCUUUUUCUAAUUUUUUAAAAGAAAUAUACCACAAGUCUCAAGACGUGAAUCAUAUUGAUUUUCAUGACAUUACUGACUAUGUGAAUGAGACAAUAGUAUGGUACAACUUUUUGUACAACAAUUUCGACCUUUUGAGUUCGUACAACGUUCAAUACAGUACACAUCAAAUAAAUUACAACAACGUGGAACGUUUCUGUGGCGCAAUCGGUUUAAAUAUUCCAAACGUAAAACGAAAUGCAUUGAAGAUGAAUGCAUUGAAUAAUUGGCUGGCGAACAUAUUGAAUUCGAACAUCGAAGCUACGGUCAUAUCGCAAACAUUAAGAAUUACUGGAAACAUUGUAAAAUUGAGUGCUUUAAAUAGCUAUAUGGCGAACAAGGACAUACGUUAUGCAGAGAUCUUUGCGAUAACGAAAAUUUUCAUUGACGUCGACAUUAAAUCAAACGGAUAUUUGCAACAAUUAUCCAUCGUUGCUCCAAUCUGGGAAAUCAUCGGUAAGAGGCGCAUUAAUUUAGACGGGAGCGCGCCAUCAUCUUAUUGGCAGGGCUAUGGACAGCCUGGUUUGCCCGGCAAUUGUGGCGGAAAUUUCUUUGCAUGGGGAAAAACAUUUGUCAACGAUCAAAAUCUUGAAAUAACUCAGAAUGGUGGAAACGGCGGCUCUGGCUGCAACGGACAACUUGUAAGUUUCGCCCAAAAUGGAGCUGAUGCAUAUUUUCCAAAUACCAAUGACUUGGCAGCAGGAGUUGAUGAAUUGCAAAAUCGUGGUUUUGCAUUUGGGUGGAGACCUAUGACCGGUGAUGAAAUGGACAAAUAUGUCAGGGAAGAUUAUUAUGGGCAAUAUGGAUGGUUUUGGACGGAAUACAAAAGAUCCAGAAUGGAAAAUUUCCGUAUAUACACCAUAGAUGGUAAAAAGGGUACAGCUGAAGAUGGACAUGAUGGCGGUGCUGGUGGCUACGGUGGUAAAAAAGGAGAAUGUAUGAUCUUAGGAUCCGCGAACAUAAAAUGUUCGGGGGCGGAUGGAAAUAGAGGACCCGAUGGAAUAGGAAGCGAGGGAAAAAAUGCCAUGAACGGCAAAUCCAUCAACAUGCGGACUUACAGAUUCAGGAAAGGAUUGUUUGGCGCAAGUAUUCUUAGUACUUUACAUCCUGGAGAUCAUAUUCACAUUUUGAAUGAAGACAACAAAAGGUCUAUCGUGUUGGCGAAAAAUGGAAUCAAUGGCGCAAAUAGAAGAGGAAUGAUUGAUUCAACAUCGACGCCUAUAUCAAAUAAGCAGGCAUCCUACAAACAAUUUCUUCAAACCCAUCAAUUUAACUGUAAAAACGUUCAUUGUAAAGAAUUUAAAAGUUUUAUUUAAAAAAAAUAUCUUUUAAUGAUUAUC